AUGGGCUCCAGUGAGCAGGCUCCUGAGAAGCAGCGGGACAAUGGAACCCGGCUGGUGACAGAGUUCGUGCUGGUGGGAUUCUCCAACCUCCCAGAACUGAGGCCCACUCUCUUCACCUUGUUCCUCCUCACCUACCUGGUCACACUCAGUGGCAACGGCACCAUCAUCACCAUCAUCCAGGUGGAUCGCACCCUGCACACUCCCAUGUAUCGCUUCCUGGCUGUGCUCUCCCUCUCUGAGACCUGCUACACACUGGUCACCAUCCCCAAUAUGCUGGCCCAUCUGCUGAUGGAGAGUCAGGCCAUCUCCAUCGCGGGCUGUCGGGCCCAGAUGUUCUUCUUCCUGGGCUUGGGAUGCAUCAACUGUUUCCUCCUCACACUGAUGGGUUACGACAGGUACGUGGCCAUCUGUCAUCCCUUGCGCUACUCUGUGAUCAUGAGACCCACCGUUUGCCUAUGUCUGGGAGCCUUGGUUUUCUGCUCUGGUUUCUCAGUGGCCGUGGUUGAAACCUGCAUGAUCUUCUCCUCUCCUUUCUGUGGCACGGGCCGCGUGGAACACUUCUUCUGUGACAUCGCGCCUGUGCUGAAGCUCAGCUGUGCAGAGAGAACGCACAAGGCGCUUGGCAUCUUCUUUCUGAGCAUCCUUGUGGUUCUGUUCUCUUUCCUCCUCAUCCUCCUCUCCUACGCCUUCAUCGUGGCAGCCAUCGUGAGGAUCCCUUCGGCCGCUGGCCGGCGCAAAGCCUUCUCCACCUGCGCAGCCCACCUCACGGUGGUCAUCGUGCAUUUUGGCUGUGCCUCCAUCAUCUACCUGCGGCCAGACUCUGGGGCCAACCCCUCCCAGGACCGCCUGGUGGCGGUGUUCUACACGGUGGUGACUCCAUUGCUGAACCCUGUGGUCUAUACCCUGAGGAACAAGGAGGUAAGGGUGGCUCUGAGAAAGAGCCUGGCGCGGGGCUGUGGAGCACUUAAAUGA